UUGGGCGAUAGCUCAUCGUUCGCGGCACACGACAAAUGCCGGCAUUUUGCGAGGAUCGGAACUAGUAUCUCCACACGUUGAAUAUGGCUUAUAAGUCGUGAAUGGGCGACGCUCCACAGUACGCCCGGCCAGUACGCAUCAUGCCCACCAUAGCCAACAUUUCCUUCCUCGAUGCUGCUGCGUCUCCAGCUCCGACACUCCCGCCCCUCGGCCUUUCUUCGAUGGCGGCGAUCUGGUCAUCUGCUAUUCUAUAUGGGAUGAACUGCCUCAUAUUUGGAGGCGCUCUCCAUGUCCUAUUCCGCCGCAAGGAGCGUAAUUGGUACCUCAUAGGCUGGUCCUGUCUGCUGUGGCUUGUGUCCACCAGUGAUGAAAUUGUGGCGUUUACCCAGCUAUACCGUUCUCUGUCGAAUCCUGCCUUGGUCGGAAAUCCUGUGGCAUGGGACGAGUACUGGCUUCUUGCAGAUUCGCUUGACAGUGCACACUUGAUACUUUACACCACCGUGGUCUUCCUUCAGGAUCUCCUUCUCAUCUGGAGGCUGUAUGUCGUCUGGGGACAUAACUGGAGAGUUGUACUUAUACCUCUUGUGGUCGAGUGUGCCCACGUUUCCUGCGCCUACGUCACCGGCGGCAUUAUACAGAAGGCUGGUGGUGGCGCUGCGACAUCGGUUCAACGUUGGGGUCUGGCUGGCUGGUCUCUGGAUAUCUUCAUGAAUACCACCGUCACACUUGCAAUUGCCGGCAAACUCUGGUGGGCGGGCCGGAAGAGUCGUUCAGCUGCCGGCAGAUUUACAUACCGCGCCACCGUCUACACCAUCCUCGAGUCUGGGGGCAUGUUUGCCGGGGCCACCCUCAUCUCCUUCUGCUUGGACGUCACCGGACAGGUCGGCGGCGCAGGGGGCGCCAUAUACUGUCUGAGUCAGGUUGCGUCCAUCACCCCCCUUGUCAUCAUCGCUCGCGUCGGGCUAGGUCUCAUUCACGGCCGGAACACCGCGACCUAUACCGCGAGUGCACCUUCGCAGCCAAUGGCGUUCGGUUCUAACCCGAUGCAAGUUCAUGUCGGACGCUUGACGCAGUCGGAUGAUACCGAGCAGCACUCGAUGACCAGGCUCGACAACAAGAGUAUGAAGUCCUUGGACCACACGCUGCAGGCCGCGCCGGGCCCCAUCGACGAUUAGACAGUCAAGAGAGUCAUCCAGUGUACUACCCGUCUUUGUAUGUCUCCCCGGCUUUUCGUUUUUCACCUUGACACAUUCCUAUUCUCGGCAUGAUCUUGUAUUCUCGUAUAUCGACGAACGCGUAUGGCAUAUGCACAUGUCACGUUGUAGAGGCAAUCCUCCUUCGCAAAGGAGAUAGGACGGGAGAUCCCGCUAGCGUAUAAAUCA